AUGUCCACUGAAGAUCACUCUGGAGCGGUCGAGAAGGCUGAGGGUUUCAAAAACGAGGGCAAUGUCAUGUACCAUGAUAGGAAGUUCAGAAAGGCCAUCGAGAUGUACACUAAGGCUAUCGAGCUGGACCCUAGUGUAGCUGCCUAUUACUCCAACAGGGCUUUGGCCAAUGCUGCAUUGGAACGGUGGCAAGAUGUAUUUGAUGAUGCACAGCACGUGCUUAGCAAACUGGAUAAGAAUCAUCAGAAGGCAGUAUAUUGGGUAGUCAAGGCCAGUAAGGAGAUGGGCAAGCCUAAGGAGGAGUUGCUCGCGCUUGUACCGGACAGUGCAGCUGCUAUCACUGAGGCCUGGGGGUCGGAUGAUGAUGAACAUCCUACGCAGAAACAGCUGGAGUAUGCUGAAGAAUGGGGCGUUAGAGUCAGCGAGGCUCUUGUGAAAGGACGGAUGGACAAGCUGGAGAAGAUGCUCCAAAAGAUACCCAUAGGAUCAUUCCCGUCCAAUGUAAAGACGGGUUAUACCGCAUUGGCUAAGUAUUAUAUGGCCCGAAGGGAAUGGAGUAAAGGCCUUGAGUGCUUCCAAGAGCUCCUCCGAUACCAACAAAAGCGUCUUCCAGCGAAUGACGCGUCGACUUUGGAUGAGUUGGCGACCACUUACAACAACAUAGGCGUUUGUGAAAAGCACUCUGGGAAGUUAGAAGAUGCCAUCGGAGAUCUGCGCAAGUCGCUGGACUGUAGUAUUAGAGCUGGCUCGGAUGAAAAGGACCAGAAUCUGGCAUCUAUCUGGAGCAACAUGGGGUCCUGUCAACUGUCUCUAGGCAAGACUGAUGAGGCUGUGAAGUGCCACAAGAAGGCUGUCGAGAUAGCUACAUCUAAGGGAGAUACCCCGAAAUCAGCACCGUUGAUGUUAGCGCUCGCCCGUAGCUUGAAGGAUGCUGGCAACACCAAGGAGGCCGAUGGUCUCUUUGGUAGAGUCGUUGCCAUAUGGUCUGGCUUCAGUAAAGUAGAGGACCUUGUUAAGGAGAGCCCUGAUGUCCCUGAUGAACGUCGUCUAGUUGAGUUAUACAUUACUACGGUGGCUGAAUGGGCAAUGCUGCAGCUGUCAUCGGAUCGUGAUGCCAGUGUUAAGACAGGCGACGCGAUCCAUAUCAUGGAGUCGGGUGUAGCGACUUUGAAGAAAUGGGGUCGUCAAGCUCAGGCCUGGAGGCUCCUUCUUCCUAUGGCUCAGAUCAGCGACGACAAGAAGUACCUCGAUGAGGCAUCUCAAGUCAUCGGAGGACUCCCAGAGGCUGAACACGACCUUGCCAAGCAAGCUGUUACUCAUGUCACUGAGCAAAUGGCGGCUAAGCCCACUGCUUGA